UUCCUUUUGGCGGCAGCUUUAAUUUGGUAAUUAAUUGUAGAAAUUUGAAGCUCGGAGAAAGAAUCCUAGUUCAACUGGGAAAUGAAAAUAGUACCGUUGUUUGUUACCGCGUCACUAUUAAGCUAACCCGACUCUUUAUAAACCUCCUCGCACACCACACUGAAGCCUCCAACUUUCUCACCACUCUCUUACUCGACCGAUCCAAAGCUCUCUCUCUCUCUCUAUAGAAUCGCACGACAUGGCGGAGACUGACACUUCCGCCGACACAGCCAACGCCACCAUCGAAACGGCGGCGCAACCAAACGACAACUCGUCGUCCGAUACGGCCACCAGUGCUCCCCCACCUCCGGCGAAACCGGAGUCAAAGCGCUGGGCCGACGAGGAGGACGACCCUCCCGAGGAGCCCGAGAACAAAAAUGACUUGCCGUCUAUUUCCGAGCCGGAAGUGAACGUUGCCGAAUUGAAGAUCACCGAGAACAAGUUCCUCGACGACCCCGAAGACUCUAAUAUUAGCGCCGUUACGGCCGGCGACACGCCGUACACGUCGGCGAGUAGCUUCGAGGAUCUGAAUCUAUCGCCGGAGGUGCUGAAGGGCUUGUAUGUAGAGAUGGGGUUCAAGAAGCCCAGUAAAGUCCAGGCAAUCACUUUGCCCAUGAUUUUAACCCCUCCCUACAAAGAUCUUAUUGCUCAGGCCCACAAUGGUUCGGGCAAAACCACUUGUUUCGUGCUUGGGAUGCUCAGCCGGGUCGAUCCCAAUGUUAAAGCGCCCCAGGCGCUCUGUAUCUGCCCCACCAGAGAGUUGGCCAUUCAGAAUAUGGAGGUACUUCAGAAGAUGGGGAAGUACACAGGAAUAAAUGCGGAGUGUGCUGUCCCAACGGAGAGAACUAGUUCUACGUCCAUUCAAUCUCGAGCACCAGUAUCAGCACAAAUUGUGAUCGGAACCCCUGGUACAAUUAAGAAAUGGAUGUCUAUCAAGAAGCUGGGCGUAAGCCGUGUGAAAAUUCUUGUGUUUGACGAGGCUGAUUACAUGUUGGCCAAGGAUGGCUUUCAAGAUGAUUCUUUAAGGAUAAAGAAGGAUAUAGAGAGAUUUAGCCCUCACUGCCAGGUGCUUUUGUUUUCUGCUACAUUUAAUGAAAUAGUCACAAAUUUUGUUUCAAGAGUGAUCAAAGGCGGUGGUAAUAAACUCUUCGUAAAGAAAGAAGAGCUAUCUUUGGAGGGUGUAAAGCAGUAUAAGGUGUACUGUCCUGAUGAAUUGACCAAGAUUGAAAUCAUCAAAAGCAAAAUAUUUGAACUGGGAGAGAACUUGGGGCAGAGAAUUAUAUUUGUAAGGACAAAAAACAGCGCAAGAAUGUUACAUCAAACACUCGUUGAAGAUGGUUAUGCGGUUACUACUAUUCAAGGUGCUCUUACUGUUGAAGAUAGAGACAAAAUAGUCAAAGAGUUUAAGGAUGGAUUAACCCAAGUUCUUAUCUCAACUGACCUACUCGCUCGAGGCUUUGACCAACAGCAGGUUAAUUGUGUAGUCAAUUAUGAUCUCCCAAUCAAAUACACAAGUGGCCCCAGGACACAUGACCCAGAGCCUGAUUAUGAGGUGUACUUGCAUAGAAUUGGAAGGGCAGGGCGUUUUGGUCGCAAGGGGGCUGUGUUUAACUUGAUUUGUGGUGAUUGGGAUGAAUUGAUCAUGUCAAAGAUUGAGCAGUAUUUCAACUCCCCAGUAACAGAGGUUCAGAAUACUGAAGAAGCUUUUGAAGGUGCUCUUAAAUCAGCUGGCUUACUCUAAGGUCUUAAGGACAUACGCAGCUUUAGCACAACCAGUUUUGGAAAAGAAAAUACGCGGUGACAUUGUAGCAGAGGAGCACAUCUUGCCAAGAGUUUUUAUUUUUAUUUGAAGUUAUUUGUGGACCUCUACGUAUAUUGUUUGAUGGGUUCGCUGUCUAGUUUCUGUAAAUGUUACAAUUGCAUAACAAAAUAGAGUCCAAGUUUUCUGUUUUUAAUUAUCCAUUCUUCUUGUUACUAGGGGCCAUGUUUGUAUGAAGUCAUUUAUGAUAAUCAUUUAGUGAGUUUGGAGCUUGAUCCAAUUUGUUUGCUA